AUGGCGGGCACGCAGCGCACAGGCGAUACCGGUUGCACGCAAUCCGAGUCGCCUCGCGGGCACGAUAUCGCCUGUGGUGCUGGAGGCGGCCUUCGCGCCGCAGGGUCUUCUUCGUGUCCCGCGGCUCAGCGGCACUACCACCGGGCUAGUCGUCUCGCGCGCGUCGCGGGUGGACAACAGCCAGGAAAGCGAUCGCCGGGCGCUCACACGUGCCCGACGAGCGUCCUAUCUGCCAGCUCGGAGGACGGGGCACGGGCGUCGAUAUACGCGCCUUCCUUCCGCGUCGGCGCUGCCACCGAUCCGUCAGGCGGACGGACGGACGGACGCGUCACCCACCCGGCGGUUGGACAAGGAUCGAGUUUUACCACAGGAGGGCGGGCUGCGGUCGAGCCUGCCACAAACGCGGGAGAUGGCACUGUCAAGGUGGUAGAGACGAAGCCGGGCAAGUCAAUAACAAUGCGGUACAAGGGACAAGCAAAGUACGAGGCUAUGAGAUGUACGCCAGAUGAAAUGAAGGAUACGACCCUGUCCUUCGCCACCUCCUCCUUCGACUCGCUAAUCAGCCGCUCCUUCUUUAGUCCCAGGAGCCUGUAG